GAUGAAUUCUAAGAUAUACUGAAGAAAGUCAUGCAUUCACCGAUGCGGCUACACGUCUGGUCCGUCAGCCAAUCGUUGUCCCAGCGCCGGAUACCUAGCAGCUAUAGUGAAAUGACUUGGAUAUCAAAACGAGAGGUCAUCAAACAUUUCCUCAAUUUCCCCGUCAAACUCAAAGCCGUCAGGAUCUUCGUCAUCUCCAAGUUCCUCCUCCCCUAUUUCAUCACAUUCGUCUUCGGACUCGGACUCACCAAUUCGGUCGUCAUCCAAGUCCAUCUGUUCGUCAUCUUUUGCUCGUCAGUUGUCGUAUUCUAGGCAACGUCUUUCUUGUCCUGCUCGUCUUUAUUCAACUCCCACAAAGACAGCAAAUGCGCCUGCUACCACAUUCGCCCAAGUCCCUCUCCCCCAUCCAGAUUAUACUUCCCUGUUAGCUCAGAAGGAAAUUCCAGCAAACCACCUUGUAGCUAUGAACGGCUUUCUGAAGCGCAGGACCCUGUACACAAUCCUGCCAACCCCCCUUCCAGAUGACCGUGCUUCAGCUUUGAACAGCUUCUACUUCACUGAUUCUCCAACUCAGGACCAGCUUGCUGUCAUGGAUGCAUGUUUGCAUAACCUGUAUGACGUUCCCCGUGCAAAGCAGAUCUUCGAGCAGCUUAGAACCACCAAGUCCCACGAACCCUUGCUCGAGUCUCGCAUAUACAAUUCUUUCUUGGAGGCCUAUAUCCACAUGGCAUUUGUCAAGGAGCCCGAAGAUAGAACUUUGUGGGUCGAGGAUGCGUGUCACCUUUACGACCUCAUGGAAAAGGGUACAGAUAGAGUCCACCCGACCGCGUCUACAUAUGCUAUAAUGUUGUUAGCAUGGAGACGAUUUAAUCCCGAGUCUGACACGCCCGUCCACCUCUCCGACCUGCCCAACCCGACAACCCUCCUUAGCAACCUCAUAGAGCGAGACAUUUCACCCACUGCUGUCGUCGCCGAUCGCGUUUUGGCAUCGUCAGAAGAAGCCUCAGAGAUCAUAAAACUCCUCUCCAAUUCUGCAGUAGAUCUCAAUCAUCCUCGUAUAUUGGCUGAACUUGGUCAGGCAGAAUUCCUUGGGAGUCAUGUCCCAGACCCAUUGGAGGGCGUCCCGGAGGUCAAGCCUGUCCUACGACUCGCUGUAUGUAUUGCGUGCUUUCGUUUUCAUCUCGCUCACAUCUCCUUAGACACCUUCGAAGAAACCUUGGAUGAAAACGGGAAUGUAAUACCUGCGCAGUCUGAGGAAGAAGUUCCCUUCAACCUCGAUAACCUCCGCAAACACUUGGCUCAGGUUACCCUUGCACGACGCGUCCUCCCAGAAGACCUCGCUUCCCGACAGAAACUGCUAGAAGAAUCAGUUUACGACGUUGCAGUAGAGCGCCUCCGUCACGAAGCCAAACUUUUUGACGAGCUAGGUUUAGGCAACCGCGAACUUCAUCAUGCAGAUUUACAAAAGUGGAUGUGGGACUGGCAUCAAAAGCUCAAAACGCGUCUCGAGGCAGAAAUAAAAGAGAUCAUCGUUGCGGAGGCAAAAAUAUCUACAAGCAAUCAAGUCCAACGAAUGGGCCCCUUCCUCUCCCUUGUUAAGCCCGAGAAACUUCCCCUUAUCACUAUCCUUGAGAUCAUGCGCCUCCAAGGCAGCGGCGGUGUCUCAGAUGGGAUGAAAACUGCCUGGGCGCUCCUCACCGUCGGGCGCGCUGUCGAGAAUGAGUACAAAGCUGAGAUGUGCAAGCACAACCAUAUCGCCAUCCCUUCCCAUGCACGCCCAGGCGAGUUCACUGGUUAUUUCACGGGCCUCGGGUACAAGGACUUGCAUGCGCGCCGGAUGAUGGCUGCAAAGUACAUGGAGGACAGCGAGGAGUGGACAUCAGAGUGGACGCAGGUACUUAGGGUGCGCGUUGGGAGUAUCCUCGUAGAUUGUCUGAUGGAUUCCGCGACGAUCGAGCGGACUGCUGUUGAUAAGCGCACCAACGAGGAGAUUAAAGAGAAUUAACCAGCGUUUUUUCGAACGCUCGUCAAUGGGCAUGACUGAUAAACAUUCCAGAGAGCACCCGCCAAGGUCCUCGGGGAGACGGAUGGCCUUCUUUCUACUAUCUGGUGGCAA